AUGGUGUUGCUGGCGCCAUCUCUGGGUGCUUUGCAAACCCUAAUCGGUAUCUGUGAGAGAUACGCAGGAGCACAUGGACUCAGAUAUAACGCCAAGAAAAGCGAAUUCCUAAUUUUCAAAGCGGGUGCUAAAACGUAUGAGGCCCUGCCACCGAUUACUCUAUGUGGCACAAACCUGAACAGAGUCAGGCACUUCAAAUAUCUGUGUCACUGGGUGACUGAGGAUCUCUGUGACAACAUGGACAUCGAGAGGGAGAGACGGGCGCUGUCCGUCCGCUGCAAUAUGUUGGCACGUAGGUUUUCAGGGUGCACUAGGGAAGUUAAAAUAACUCUAUUCAGGGCAUACUGCCAGUGCUUCUAUACCUGUAACCUAUGGGUCAAUUAUACGCAGAGGACGUACAGCGCUCUUCGAGUGCAAUAUAAUGACGCCUUCAGGAUGUUGCUCGGUUUUCGGCGGAGGUGCAGUGCAUCAGGCAUGUUUGCGGAGGCAAGCGUUGAUGGCUUCCAUGCGAUUAUAAGGAAACGCUGUGCCUCCGUGCUAGAUAGGCUGCUGGGGAGUCCGAACAGCAUCCUGAGGGUGUUUUCCGGGAGGUGGGACUCACCGAUGAUGCGUAGAUGGAUCGGUCUGCACUCCAGCUUUAUAAAUUAUGAUAGUUAG